AUGCUUCCUAGAUGCCAAUGCUGGGCGCUUUCUCGGGAUGAACUGACUACUCCGACCGUGGUCCUCUAUGAGUACGAGCAUGGCUACAGCGCCAUGGUCGCCGCCUUCCCUGCAGCUUUUACCAAGGCGACAUCCGUCGUCGUUGAUAUGCUCGUAACGGUCGCUUUCACUGAGCUAUAUGCCCUGGGCUGGCUGUUCCUGAGUCUCACGCCGGGUCUAGAGCUCGGCGUCGCCAUGUUUAUCAGCCUAAACCUGCAUGAAGACCCGGACUGGGUGUCUCGGACGACUAGCUGGAGCAGGAGACUGGUGCUUUCACGCAACAACUAUAUCCCAACCCAGAAGACAGAGCAGUGCUUGAUUGAGAAGGGUCAAACUGAUGCAUCACCUAGUGACUUUGUAAUUGUUUUGACUUGA